AUGGAGGGUGAUGCAGAACGGCAGCCGUUCGUGGCUCGCAUGAAGAAGAGAGCCGGUCAAUACCACGAAAGAAUCCCAUGGAUACGACGACUCCCAGGCCCUGCUAUCGCCAUCAUACUCCUCCUCAUCGUCGUUCAAAUCGUAGUAUGGAUAGCAGUCGGCAUCACCCUCCACUUCCACACGGCCCUCGUAUCAACCGCCGUCCUCUCCUACACCCUCGGCCUCCGCCAUGCCUUGGACGCAGACCACAUCUCAGCAAUCGACCUCAUGACCCGGCGGCUCAUCGCUUCAGGCCAACGCCCCGUCACCGUCGGCACCUUCUUCUCCCUCGGCCACUCCACCAUCGUAAUCAUCACCUCCAUCGUCGUCGCCGCCAGCUCCGCCGCCAUCCAAGACCGCUUCGGCUCCUUCUCCGACGUAGGCGGCAUCAUAGGCUCCUCCGUCUCCUCCGCCUUCCUCAUCAUCCUCGGCCUCAUGAACGGCUGGAUCCUCCACAAACUCCACCAACAACUCCAAAAAGCCAUCGCGGCCCCCAUCGGCGCCGAACAAUCCCUCGACUUCACCUUCGAAGGCGCCGGCUGCAUGACCCUCCUCCUCAAACGCACCUUCAAACUCGUCGACCGCCCCUGGAAAAUGUACCCCUUGGGCGUGCUCUUCGGCCUAGGCUUCGACACCUCCUCCGAAGUCGCCCUGCUCGGGAUCUCCUCCAUCCAAGCCGCCAAGGGCACCUCCAUCUGGCUCAUCCUCAUCUUCCCCAUCCUCUUCACCGCCGGCAUGUGCCUCCUCGACACCUUCGACGGCGCCGCCAUGAUGAGCCUGUACACCUCCGCGCGCCUCGCCAAGGACACCAUCGCGGUGCUAUACUACCAGCUCGUCCUCACAGCCGUCACGGUCGCCGUCGCCAUCACCAUCGGCGUCCUGCAGCUCCUCACCAUGAUCCACUCCAUCCGCCCGGAUCUCUCCGGCCCCUUCUGGGACGGCGUGGACGUGGCGGGCGACAAUUACGACAUCAUCGGCGGGAGCAUCUGCGGGAGCUUCGUCGUUUUCGGCGGGUUGUCCGUCCUGCUGUACAAACCUUGGAGACGAAGAAUCGACGCGAAGAGAGCCCUCAUGACGCUGCACACGGACGAGGAUGGUGAGGGCUCCGAACUCGGCCAGACGUCAAGACGAAAGUGA